AUGAUCCCAGCAUGUUUCAGCCAACCCAACACAAUCUCAAGCAGCUCUCAAGUGCCUCAAAACCUCAUAACCUGCAUAUACCAAACUCAGCUUUGCAACUCACCUACAUAUCUCACUCUCACUUGGUCCAAAACCCUCUUCUCUCACUCCCUAACUAUACAUGCUCCAGACUCUUUUUCCAUCACCAUUUCUCUCAAUCCAACAACCUUCUCAUUUUUCCGAAGUAAACCAGGUUCCAAGUCCAUCCUCUUAACCCAACACCAUUACCAGAAAAUCAAACUCUACUGGGAUUUCAGUCGGGCUAACUUUGCUCACAACUCGGCUGAGCCUGAGUCUGGCUUUUACAUUGCAAUUUCUUGCAAUGCUAGAGUUCAGUUCUUUCUAGGCGAUCUUUUGGAUGAGUUGACUCGGCGAUCAGGGUUACUUGGGGCUCACCAACUUGGACAACCAACACUACUGUCAAGGCGAGAGCAUGUGUUUGGGCAUAAGAAUUACAUAUCUCGAGCUCAGUUCUUGGGGUCCAAGCAUGAGAUUGGCAUAGAGUGCAGUGAGGGUACUCUCAAAGUGAAGGUAGAUGGAGAAACUAGCCUAAUUGUGAAAAGGCUGGCUUGGAAGUUUAGAGGCAAUGAGAGAAUUUUUGUUGGUGGAGUCGAGUUUGAAUUCUAUUGGGAUGUGUUCAACUGGGUUAAUGAUCGUAAAGGUACUACUAAUGGCACUGGACAUGGUGUAUUUGUUUUCCAAGUUGGUGAUGGUGGGGUGUGGCCAGAAAUGGUAGGUUCUGAGAAGAGGUUGAUGAGGAAGAGCUUGUCAAUGUCGGCUGCUUCAGCGUCAAUGCCCUCGAUGGUCUCAUUAUCGCCGUCCCCAUCAUGCUCGAGUGUGUUGCAAUGGGCAGAGGAAAGCAGUGAUGGUGGGAGAAGUUCAUGUUCAUCUACUAGGUCCAGUGGUAGUAAUGGAGGGUUUUCUUUGUUGCUCUAUGCUUGGAGGAAGGAUUGA